UAAAAUUCGUAAAAAUAUGGGCAAUUGAUCAGGAACUUCUUCUAAAGGAGCCAAAGGCGUUAAGAAACCAGGCAAGAAUAAUCCCAAAGCCAAGAUGCAAGGCGCUAGAGCCUCAAUGAAGAAGGGUGUUGGAUCUGGAGCUCCAGGAGGAGACUUCGGAGGACAGUUUCAAGUUGAGGAUAAUAGGAGAGAAGCACCAAAACUUGUAGGAACUGAGUAUGCUCCGGAUCUAGAGUUAGAACAGGGAUUCCCUGAUGCAAAGACUAGUUAUCAGUCCAAACCAUGCCUUGAGGGUGUAGAGGACGAGUAUACCCAAGCUGAUAGGGCCAAACUUCUCAAGAAGAAAUUGAGAAAUGGUAUGCAAGAUGCUUUUGGAGGUGAUGCAGACUUCCUACAAGCAGCUGCUGCCAGCUAAAUAG